GUUAUGGGUCUAGGUGUGGACAUUCGAUUGAUUCGAUAAAGCCAAUCCAAAACAAAACCAAUUCUAAAAGUCUGAUUUUCCGAUCCAAGUUCUAACCAAAUUUAAUUUUGGUUCGGUUUUUUUUUUAAACCAGAAUAUAGCCGGUUAGGAACUAUUUGACCGAUGAUACCAAAAAACCAAAUUCUAAUCAUAAUGUUCUCAUCCGUUUCCAAAUCUGUCGCGAGCUGAAUUCAAUAAACUCAAAAGAAGGGACGAUGCUGGUCAACUAACCACCCAAUCAACUAGAAGAGAGCAUUUUUUUUUUCAAAAGAUAUCAUAUAUUACUUCAAUCAAACAAGAUAGUUACAUCCUGGAAAGCAGCCAGGCUCUGAAAUCAAACAAGCGAUUUCCAUUCGGGUACAAAGAGAGGGCUUUUCUAGCUACCGAAUGAGCUACCCUAUUGUUAUCCCGACCUACAAACCGCACACUAAACCCCGGAUAGGCAGCAAAAUAUUGACAAAUUUCUUCCAGGACUGCCCCCAAGUGAUUGUCACGCGAAUCGGCUUGAUUAAUCUUGUCAAUAAUGACCUUCGCAUCCCCCUCGAACCGAACAUCGGACAAACCCCACUCUAAACACCAAGUAAUAGCCUCACGCAGCACUAGCAGCUCCACCACCAUCGGGUCAUCCAUUCGUGCAAAUUGCACACCUUUAGCCCGAAUGACCGUCUUUCCCGGACCACAAAGGACCAUCCCACCAGCCGAGUGUGACCCCCUCCUAGUUGCCCCGUACCACAUGCAAACCAACCGAGAGUCAUCCACGCGGGUCUGGACUACUUGGAAAGACACCCUUGGCUGCUGGUCAACCGACAGACCCACCCGCUCCUCAUAUUGCUAGUGAAAUUGGCUCAUUAAAGCCGGAAUCCCAAACUGUUUGCCCUCAAAGACAACCCAGUUUCGCGAUCGCCAGAUCUGUCAGAGGAUGGCAACCACCGCCAUAAACAGCGACGGAUCAUGGACAAGGGAAAGCAUCCGCUUUAGAAACAGAGGAAACGUGUGCCGAGGCAAAGCCUCCCCUAAAUAAUCCAACCCCGAGUAGUCCCAGAGGGCCCGCGCCACCGGGCAGUAGAGAAACAAGUGCUCCAACGUCUCGGGCCCCUCCCAGCAAACCGGGCACCGGGGCAGCACAUGGACCUCCUAUUCAAUGGGAGCCUCUGUGGUUGGCAGGGCCCGAUUCAAAAUUUUCCAGACAAAGACUUUAAGCUUUGGAGGGAUCUUCGCUUCCCACAACCGGAUCCAGCUUUUCCUAUCCAUCCAGCUCACCGGUUCCCGCCACCCACCCCUUCUCCUGUCAAGCUCAACUGCCAGAUGGUAAGCCGUCUUAACCGAAAACACCCCAUCAGCAGUGUUAUGCCAGAUAAGUUUAUCAUCCACAUUCCGCCUCGGAAGUGGGAUAGCCUUAAUGGCCCCACAGACAGAAGGGUCAGACCAUUGACUAAGCUUAUUCUCAUCCCAACGCCCUUCCCCUUGACAAAUAACCUCCGCCACCACGGGAUCACCCCCAUUUGGCAGGAUGCGGGGAUUAUAGCAAGGGGCAUCCAGCUGAAGACCAGGAAUCCAUUUAGAAUGAACAAGGGAGGCCGAGAGGCCAUUGCCUAUCUGCCAUCUUAACCUUGCGUCCAAAAGCUAACGCCCAAACAGGAUACUCUGCCAACCCCAAGAAGGCCUAGACCGGGCAGUAGCAGUCAAAAAAGAUCCUUGAGGAAAGUAUUUCUCCACACCAGAUCAUCAGUUGCAGUCUGCACCUUGUAAUGUAAGUCACCAGUUUCAUAAUUAGUUUUAAUAUUUCUCUUCUUAAUUACUUAGGUGACUCUUUCUUUUCUUUUUGUUUUUAUGGACUAAUUAUUUUAGGGUUAUAGGUAUAAUAUGCCACUCUACUAUGUCGUAUUAUCAAACAUGCCCCUCUACUAUUUUUUACAUCAAACAUGCCCCUGUACUUUGGAAAAAUUAUCAAACAUGCCCUUCUAUUAAAAUUUUCAUUGAAAAAAUUGUCAAUCAUGGUUGAGCCGAGAUUUAGACGACCCGAUAUUGGCAAAUGGGAGGGAAAAUGUCAGUAUUUUCCCCUGUUUUAUUUCUCUGAGUCUCGUCAAAGUGAAAUUAUUAGGAUUAUUUGGCUAUAUAAAAGAACCAAAAAAAUUCUAAGGUGAAAUUAUUCGGGAUAUUUAGACAUUUGUGUCGCCCAAACAAAAGUUUGGCCUUGUUUAACGGUUUUUGGAUAAAAUUUUUAACGUAAGUGCAUGUUUGAUAAUUUUUUCAAAGUACAGGGGCAUGUUUGAUGUAAAAAAUAGUAGAGGGGCAUGUUUGAUAAAAUGACAUAGUAGAAGGGCAUAUUGUACCUAUAACCCAUUAUUUUAUCUCCUUGAUUAAUUAAGAUCAAGUCCAAACCAAAACCGAGGAGAUCAAGAAUCAUUGAAAGCAUUUUCGGAUUGAUUCUUAUGUGUUUCAUGGACCAAUAUUGUACGUAGAGGUGGCAAUUCUCAAUCCAAUCCACCAAUCCAAUCCAUCAACCCAUUAAAAAUAUCCACCUAAUCCAAUCCAUUUAAAUCCAAUCCAUUUUAUCCAAAUCCAAUUGGAUUGGUGGAUUCAUGGAUUGAUCCACGGAUCCAAAUGACAAAUUACGGUUUGGUACCUAUACUUUUUAUAUUUUACAUUUUGGUACCCAAAAUUUAAUUUUUUAUACGAAAAAUAUCAGUGGAAAAUUACGUUUUGGUACAUUAAAGUUUUCAUUAUGACAUUUUAGUACCUAAACUUUUCACAUUUUGCAUAUUGGUCCUUGGUUUAGGAUGUCAUUUGGAUUCAUGGAUAAUCCACCAAUCCACUUGAUCCAAUCCAUGAAUCCACCAAUCCAUUGGAUCUAAUCCAUUUGAUCCAUGGAUCCACCAAUCCAAUCCACCAAUUCAUGGAUCAAUCCAUUUGCCACCUCUAAUUGUACGUUAGUAUUUUUCUGUAUUUAAUAGUUGACAAUUGUCGAUGUAAUUUAUAUUAUCAAUUGCAUUUUCAAUAUAGAUAUUCAAGUUCUUUUGUCCAUAGGUAAUUUUAUUUGGGACAAUUCCUCAUCUCAGAAGACAGAUGACAACUUUUUGUCCCGUUGUUGAAUAAGUGACAUUCUGUAGU